GCAUAAUGAUAACGGUGGAGCUGCCACCGUGACAUGUUUGUAAGUGGUUCUGUCACAAUUUCGAAAUGUCUUAUCUGUUAUGUUUUUCAACCGGCAAAAAUCUGUGAACGAUUUACACGUGUACAAGUGGGUGAAAUGUCAACAAACUCGUUCGUGUGAUACGCUACGCGCCGCUUGAAAGAAAUUUCACAUUCACAGACCAUUUAGCGAUCAAAGUGCAUCGUUUAACUUCAAACCGUAUUAUCUGGAUCAUGUUGUAAACAUUAGAAAAGAAAGCAAAGAAAAUGCAGUGGCCGUCGCUGAACCUGAUCUUGAUAGAGGUGUUUUUAGGUUACAUCGCCUAUACGACAUACAAUUUGUCACUGUUAUUCGUUGCACCGUCUUGCGAAGAAGGAAAACAGUGUUUGACAUCUUACUUGAGCAAAAAGCCACAUUUACAGUUACGGGUUUACAGUUCCGUCGACAAAUACUCGAAUAACGGUCACCUCGACUUCGUUUACGGUAUCGACAAUUUUAAUUACACGCAUCCAGAUAGUUUUUCAAUAACAGUAACUGUGCCACGUAAAACAAAAAACAAUGGCACACUGUAUUUCUAUAUCAUUGUUGCACCCAGUUCCAGAAAAUACAGCAAAAAUAUUGCAUUUAAUGAUCUACAAAAGGAUUCAUAUACAUCUUUUACUAUUAUUAAGAUGACACAGUACACAGUUCCUGAAGCAAAGGCUUUUAAUUUGUUAGGAGAGAAAAAUACAAAUGCACAGAAAAAGAAAGAUUUCAUACAUCCUGUGACCCAUAUAAAGAGCCGCAUAACAUUUACAAUAAUGACUGAUGACGUGAAGCUUCCUAUGCAAACUAUACCAAUUGAGCUAGUGAAUCAGUUAAAGAUUAUACACAGCCGGACAUUUUUACCGAUCGUUAACAAUGAUUUUCUGCAAAGCAGACAUCAUGAUUUAAUAAGAAUCUUACCACAAAAUAACACAAUUAAUGUUACACUGCAAUACUCCCCGAUAUCUCUUGGAAAGCUAAGGUUACUGUUGCACGUUGAGCCUACAAUGCAUGCCUUAAAGAAUCUUGGAUUCACUGACAAAGAUGUGGAUGAAGUAAAAGGAAUCUUUGCUGAUACUAAUAUAUAUAUUCUAGGAGGAACAUUCUUCAUUGCAGCUAUUCAUUUGUUGUUCGAUUUUCUGGCGUUUAAAAAUGAUGUUAGUUAUUGGAGACAGAAAAAUAAUUUAGUUGGCCUGAGCAAGUGGACUGUCUUAUGGAGAGGAUUCAGUCAAACUGUCAUAUUCCUCUAUUUAUUGGACGAAGGUUCCUCUUUGCUUGUUCUAAUUCCUGCUGGAAUAGGAUCUAUCAUUGAGAUAUGGAAACUGACGAAGGUGUUGAAACUUAGGUUGCAUACCAGUAGCAAAAAUGUUGCUGAAGUGAAGACAAGAGAAUUUGAUGCGGAAAGUAUGCGAUAUUUAAGCUAUUUGCUGUAUCCGCUCGUUAUCAUUGGAGCCAUAUAUUCUUUACUUUAUCAACCCCAUAAAAGCUGGUAUUCGUGGAGCAUCAAUUCAUUGGUGAAUGGCGUUUACGCGUUCGGAUUUUUAUUCAUGUUACCGCAGCUGUUCGUGAAUUACAAGCUUAAGUCUGUAUCGCAUUUACCAUGGAGGACGUUCAUGUAUAAAGCAUUUAACACGUUCAUUGAUGACGUGUUUGCGUUUAUAAUUGUUACACCGACAGCACACAGAAUAGCUUGCUUCCGUGAUGAUGCAGUAUUCCUUGUUUAUCUCUACCAAAGAUGGCUGUACCCCGUCGAUAAAUCUCGCCCCGAUAUCGAUACAAUUGGCGAGGAGUCCGUGGAUUUCGCAAGUUCGAGUAAAAAAACAAAUUGAAAGCCACUAAUUAAAGAUAAUAAUGUUAUGUAGAGAUAGAAAUAUAUUUUUCACUGUUUGUGGUAUAGUGAGAAACUGAGUUGUAGCUGCGAGAAUCCAGUAUAGCAAGUGUACCCUAACGAAGCUUGUUAAAUGUAAGAAAGUGAUUCGAGCAACGAGAUAUUCUACGAAUUGCAUCGAUCGGAAAUACAACAAGAUCCGAACGGUUAUCUUUAUUCCUCUCACAGAUCUGUGAGUCGCAAUUGAAAUUUAUCAGAUCGUUGCGACACUUACAGAGAUGGAUUUCUUAGACGGCUUAAGAUAAUGUAAUACCGAUCUCGCGAUAACGUUUGUAUAAAACUACUUAGUAUAAAAAUUGUAUACAACUCUAUUUAAUCAGUGCGAGGUUGAUUGGUUCGCAUGUCUCACAAAUAAUGACGUUGUGAAGUGUAGGAUUUCCAGAUUGGUGCUUAAGUUUCAGUCUCUCAAAAGUAUACGAGUUCGUUAUAUAAUCGUCAACGAGGAGAAUUCCAGUACUGAUUUAAAUUGCUAAAGUGAUAGUAACUACUAUGUAAUAAUAGUCAGUACGCCAGUACGCUGCUGGACGUUCUAGUAGCCGGUUUUCUUAAAUAGCACAUGAAAACAUACGUUUUGAAAUUUAAUAAAUAUGUCUGUUUAAAAUGGUAUGAAAAAUCUGACAACAGUGA